AGAGAGUGAGAGUGAGAACGAGAAAAGGAGGAAAGAGAAAGAAAGAGAGAGAGAGAGAGAGAGAAAGAACGAACGCGUGAAAGAGUGUAGGUGUUCUUUCGAGGAGAAGAGAGAGCGCGUGUGCUCGUCGUGACGACGUGCAGGAGGAGGGACUCGUGUCUGUCUAUCCGUCUGUCUGUCCGUCUGCUGGAAUGCACGAGGGCCGAAUGGCUACGGGUACGGGGGACAGCGGGGAAGAGCCCGCGACGGUCCUCGACAACAACAGCACCGGCAUCGCGACGACAGCCCCUCUCACGGAAUCGUCCACGUCGUCCUCCUCCUCUGCCACGGCUGUGCCGACGAUCCUGACGGAGAGUACCGCUACGAGCGCCGGUAACCUGCCCUUGACGGGAUCCCAACAACAGAGCCUGCAUCAGGUGCAUCCGCAGCAUCAACAGACGCAACAACAGCAACUGCGAUCGAGGGUCAACCUGAUCAGCGACGUGGCCGUCAAUGAUGUCGCAGAUUUUACGAUCGAGGAUUCGCGGGUGGACUCGAGUGGCUUCCGGCGAUGCGACUCACGAUGCGUCAAUCUGAGGGAAAUGAACGUUCGCAGAACGUGUAUUUCUGAGCAAGAUUCCGUUCUCUGACACGUAGUUACAGCGGGGCCGAUUGUAAAUAACAAAGAGAAAACAAGAGAAUACUUUCUUACACAUUUCGACCACAAGCUUUUAUUUUCCAUAUUGACAAGCCUGCGAACCGAGUAAAUCAUUGCUCAGUUUGGUCAGAAUCUAACGGAAGCUGCCUUUAAACCGCUGCCUGCGGACACAUGUGUGUACUCAAUGAACGGUUGGUUACAAUCUGCGGGUUAAUUUAUCUUUGUUUGUUACUUGGACCGUAUCUUCCGACACGACCACGCGCAAUAACUUAAACUCGACACUUAAACAAAGUCUCGAAUGCAACGAAUUGCCGUUACUACUGCCGACUGCGUUUUAGCCACAAAGGCAUUUUAAGGGUCAGUUUUACCAAGCUGUCCCUCCUGACGACGCAGAUGGUAAUUAUUUCACACAGUCCCUUUGUUCUUCUUCCUACUUUCAUUCCUCUUUCCCCGAUUUUCAUGCUAUCGAUAAAUAACUUCCAAUUCCCCGAGAGGGGAUUCCGACCCUUCCCGAGAACGGUCGGGAACGAAUGAAAUUCAGUCCGAGCGCUCCAACACGUGCGCCAGAUGUACGGUAAUAAAGUAUAGAAAACACGGAGAGAACGUCAGAUAUGCGUGCGCUUGUCUCUGAAGCCGUCGUGUGUGCACAUCACCGAGGAAGAAUAGAAUAUCGUCGCGGCGUUCGCGUGUUCUCGCGACGACGGUAUGAGAAACUCUCUCGAGUUCCAGAACGAUCCCCUCCCACCCCCGCGCGCACUUACGUUUCUCUUUCUUGCGCUCUUCUCCUCUCUCGCUAAUCGCGCAUGCAUAAUAACGUAAUCACGCGCCCGCGGUAUCCCUCGGUGUGCACGACGCCUGUCGAUGCGUCGCGGUGCGGCAUAGACACACCACCACCACCGAUCGCGCAUGGUCUCGCGGGUACCCUAUGUGGGUAAAUGUGUCAAGGACGUGCGAACUGGCCUGCAAAACGGCGAUCCGUGUUUUGUGGAUGAAACAUUCCCUCCCUCCUUCUCUCUCUCUCUCUCGCGUCGCUCUUACCCGACAAAGAGAGAACGGCAAUUUUUGCGAAAUCUUCGUUGCAGAGUACGGAUCGAUCGACCUGGGAAAUAUAGGUCAGGCGUCAGGGGAAUCGAGCUUUUUCGGCAAACGAUUCACCGAUCCCUUAUCGCGCCGGUAUCGUAUCUAAGUGCAAGUUCGGAUCCGUGUUUCAGCCUAAAGCUUUGCGGAUUCCUCUCGGUGUCUCAUUAUCGUCGCUUGAUUCGCCGAGGAGACACCCGGAUUUCUAUUUCGGACGGCACGCAAGUAAGUGAGACGCGAACCGAUCGAAUCGUGCGAAAGUCGUCGCUAAAUAUUGCGACGCUCGCGGAAUAGUCCAUCGUCACGGCACGGCGAGAGGAAAAGAAGCUUUGUCACCUUGUUAUUUAUAACUUUUCUCUCGGGCACUCGCGGAUAUUGCGGAUCGGGGAGCCGCGCGCGAGCCGACCGGAUUUUCGUUAAACCGGACAAAGAAGACCCUUGUGACGCGGCGCAGAAAUAUGCAUUACGGGUGAUACAGCGCGUAACACAGGCACAAUCGGUUAGAUUUUACUUUUAGUUUCGAAAAUGGGAUUGCGAGGUGGGGGUGGGCCUUGGCACACUUCACACACCGAGACACACUGUGCGCUGCGCGAGAGAGCGAGCGAGCGAGAGUGAGAGCGAGAAUGACAGUGAGAGAGAGACGCGCACAUAGUAAUACGCUCAUAUUCCUUGCGACGAAUAUUACAAGCUAUGAUUCCGAACCAGCACAGCCAAGGAAUAAUCGCAUCGCGACGCACGGCGUCCGUUGAAACGAGCGCUGUUAUCGUAAUCGUUCUCUCUCUCUCUCUCUCUCUCUCUGUUCUUUCGCGCUAAUAACGCGUACAACCUUGUAAUCGGCUCAACCCGCGUCCCGCCUCGUCGUAUAAUCCUCUCUCCUCUUCCCAUCUUUUAUUUUAUGCACGCUCGGGGAAUAAAACGAAUCGAGAUCGAUCUCGCAAGCGUGUGGCAACGUGUGUCGGGGAGCGGUGUUAGGAAGCGGGCGAGCUUCGAAUUUUCCCGCACUCCGUUCUCCGGGGGUGUUUUUUCCCCUCCCCACCAAAUUGCACGGAAUUACAACCGCUGUCUGAGGGUCGACACGCCGCCGACGGCUCGCGCAUCCGUCCGCCCGCGAAGCAUUUAAAGGAUCACCGCGAUGCUAAUUGACCCAGAAAUAGCGUAAUACCGAUAAUGGUCGCAUAAUUUCAGCGUAUACGGGUAAAGGACUCUCCGCGCGCUCUCCGCAGCCUUGUGUAUGUCGUGUCGUCGUUAUCGUCAGCGCCGCCGUCGUCGUGGAACGAGUUUGCGUUUCGAAUCGCGGAAUAAAAACGGAGGCACAAAGAGAGAACGAGACUUGGUUGGAAGACGGUGGGAGAAAGGGGAAAAAAGGGAAGUAGCGCGCGUCGCCGUCAGCCGUAUUUUCGACGGGGCGAUUCACGACGACGAUGAUCUAACCCAUCGUGUCGUCCGUCUACGAUUAUUCUUCCCCGUGCUGAUAAUCGUCCGCGAAAACGCGCGUCGCGAUCGGACGCGCAUUCGCAAGUCGGUGGUGCCGAGCCUCCUCUCCGCCGACACGCCCGAGUCGGCCGUGUCGGCGGCGCGCUAAACGAUAUUAUCAUUAAUUGGAGCGUAUAAUUGGACCGUGUUACGUAACGCAGCGAUAAUGCCGAACGCGACUACUUUUUCCUCCUUUUUCGCAAAGCGCGAUAAAACUUAUUUCGGAACUCGAGUUUCCUUUUUUUUUUUUUCUUUCCUUCCUCUUCUCUUAUAUUAACUCCGACUCCGUAAUGCGUAUUCCGCGCGUUGCGCAACCGCGUCUCGCAAUCGUCCCGAAAACGCUCGACGACGACGCCCGACGAAAGUAAGCGAGCCGCGACGACGAUCCUCGUGGAAUUUUCACCGCCGGCUUCUAGAUGUCUCGUCGAAUACAUUCCGUAUUAUCUCGCUGCGAUAAAACAUCACCCGCGUCUCCAUCGACGACGGAUGAUGAUGAGGCGCGCGCGCGCGCUGAUACGCGACUGCCAAAUGCGGCGGUGCGCCCGUCGACUUUACACUUUAAAAGUUUCUGGGUCGAGGCUUUCACUUUCUUUCAUUCGUUCCUUCUUCCGUUCUUUCGAGGCGUUCCGUGCGCCGCUUCUCGCACGGCUUCUCGCUCCGCGCCGCCAUCGAGACCCUUUUCGCUUUCGUUUGACCCUUUUUCCAGCGGCGGUUUCGCCACCGAACCAGCCGCGACAAUUCUUAUUCCACCUGCGUCCUGCGCCGGUACACGCACCACCAACACGGACUCUUCCGCCGUAGACGCUAUCCGGUAGAAAUAAUGCUGAGCGGUACGUACACGCGUGUGUAUUCACUUCCGAUCCGAACAAAAGACACCGCUCCGCGCUGUGUUUAGAAGCGCGCGCGGUGCACAAUGAGAGACGGAAGUCGGAUCGAUCGUGUUUCUUUUUUUUUUUUUCCAGCGGGAUUCGCGCGAUCCUCGCCCCGAUUUUUCCAUCGACAUUUCCGGGCAUCACGUGCGGAGGAGAGAUAGAGAGAGCAGAUUUUCCGUCUCUCGGGGAUUCUCAACGCCGUCGGCGUUAUCCGCUCGUCGCCUUUCGCGGCACGCUUCGAUGAUUUUAGCGGAAGAGCGCGCGUGCGUUUCGCGAGCGCGCUCUUCUUCGUUUCUCUCCUCAUCGUUGAUUAAUAAAUUAACCCACGCGAUGCGACCCACGCCACUCUCAUCUUCGCUCGUGUAUACUGAUAUUUCCAUCGUGCAUCGAGCAUCGUGCCAUUUGCUAUCGAUCGCACUAUGCCGGGAUCUCCGCCAGGCUCCACCUUUCUAUCGCCGUCAAGGCUCACCAAUUAUGAACAAUCUUCAGACUGAGCGUUUUUUUUUUCUUUUUUUUUUUUUACAAAAGUUUGCCGAGACUUUUCACACGAGUAAACUCCUUGUCGCAUCCUCGCGGCGCCGAGAUGGCCGCGAUAAGGUUGCCCAACGCGCGGGCAUUUAGUUAGAAGGUGCGUUACGAAUUUCCGGCUGUUGCCCGCAAAAGCGGGGACCUCUCUCGUUAAAGUCCGUUUGUCCGACGGGCACUUCCGGUCGGGAAUCUCUUCCGAGAGCGAUUGUAAAAAUUCUGACUUGAGGCGUCGAGCGCGAACGCGCCGCUGUAACGCUCAAGCUCGCAAACCAGUGCACCCGAUGCGAUGACAACGAUGGUGACAUACGCUUGCGAUACUCGCUGCGACGGUGUAUUCAUCGACGCACGUGCGCGCGCGCGCGCUCGCUCGUGCGUGCGUGCAUGUGUGUACACGUGUGUUACGGCAGGAAUGCUCGGUCACUUAUACGGGAAAGAGUGUGAGACUACCGACUGAAUAAAUGAGUCGUUUGGAUGAG